CUAUGCGCUAGGUACCUAACCUGCCGCACUCCAAUCCUAACCUUUCGCAAUAUGAUACACAACGAUUCGCUUUGAUCAACGUCAGCAGUACCGCUUCGAUUUUCGAAUGGAUAAUGAAUGAAUGUUCCCCUUGAACAACCGAGUUUGCGCCGGGACCAGCAAGUUGCAACGACCCUCGUUGCUGUUUCCCCUCAUGGUGUCGCCACCCGCCAACAUCGCCGAUAACGACGUGAACAAACCUGAUGGAGAAGGCUGGGUCUGGGUCGCGAGCCCUCUUUCCUAAGGGUCCUAAUUUUACUCUCGAAGAUUUCUCGAACAAGGACUUCAUCGUCCGUGACUUCGUCGAUAGCCUCGCCGAGAACGCCGUCUCUCAAAACCGACGCUCAGGCGCCGCUCAGCAGGCUUUCGACCCUAAGCCGCUAAUCAGAUCCUUUGAAAAUGCGUUAGAGGGCCUCGGCAGCCUUUCCGAAGAGCUACAGGAGAAAGAGUCAGAACUCCUAACCCAAGUCAGACGUGCCGAGGUACAGCAUGAUCAGACUCUCGAUACCCUCGGUCGCAAACUUGAUCAGUCCAUAAACCAGUUCGAAGCCCUCGAUAUCACCCUCAACAAUCCAAAUGGCAAUGACCGGGGCAGCCGUGGAGAGGCAGGGGGUAAUAUCGCUGUCCAGAUUGGAGAGAAGCUCGAGGAACUUGAUGGGAAAAGGAGGCGGGCUAUAGACGCCAAUUUCUUAAUACAUUGUUGGCUUCAAGUUAGCGAAACUGGUGAAUUAACCUCUCUCCAGGACAUCCAGCGUCAAGGGGGCUCAGAAAACAAGGUCCGAUGCGCAGUUAUUGCGCACCAGUUGAUGCGCAUUAGCCAGAGGCUGGACCUGGGCUCUUGGAAUCAAACUAACGGACAUCAGCGCAGCGGCAAAACUAAUGGUAUGAAUGGUACCAAUGGCGCAAAUGGCGCCGAAAGAUCACAUAACACUCGCGAGAUAUUGGAGAAAUUCUGCGAAACCCUGGAACAAGACUUGCUGAAGCAGUUCAACAAUAGCUACCGAAAGCAGAAUUUUGAUGAUAUGAUGGAAUGCGCCAAAGUGUUGCAUGAUUUUAACGGUGGUGCUAGUGUGAUAGCUGUCUUUGUCAAUCAACAUCAAUUUUUCAUCGAUCGGGACCAACUCAUCACCGACGAGGUUACCAUGGACGGGGAAACCUGGGACCAGCUCGCAGAUCCUGAUGCUGAACCACCAGGCGUGGAACCUAGUCUGCAGUCGCUUAUUGACGAAGUACGGAUCAUCAUGCAAGAAGAGUCUUUCAUCAUUAAAAGGGCUUUCCCAUAUUACGAAACCGUCCUGAUUAAGUUUAUCCAAAGGGUAUUCCAACAAUCCAUCCAACAGAGGCUGGAAAUGGUAUUGGAAAAAGCUAGCACCAUUUCGUCUCUUGCCUUCCUCCGGUCAUUACAUUCUUCCAGGACAUAUAUCAGUGCUUUGAUCGAAGAUCUGAAAUCGCAUGGUUUGACAGAACACCCGGAGCCUUGCUCGGCACAAAUUGCCCAGACCCUAGAUCAGCAGAUGGAAGAGUUAUUCGUCCCUUAUAUCAUGGGAAAUUCAUACAUCGACCGAGAAAAAAAGAGUUUAGAGGAGCUUUUCAACUCUUUGUUGUUUCGAUUUAAUAUUUAUCAUUUCAGGAGGAAAAAGGCUCCAACCGGUUUCAUGGCUUCAUUGGCACAACGUACUAACCAGCUUAUGGAAUCUGCUAAAGAUGCGUACCUAGAAAGACUUGAAUCAUCUGAUCUGACGCCAACUCAGAAGGCCAUGAUGUUGAGAGUUGCCCGCGUCCAAGAGACUGACAAAAACAAGAAUGAGAUUGAGGUAUCAGAAGAAGAGGGAUUUCUAUCGACUGCAAAUGCUAAGAGAAUGAUGACCUGGCUCGCAGAAGGCGUGCGACGAACGCUCGAAUUAGGUAGCCCGAGCGAUACCCCUAAGGACGUAGCAAUCCUUCUCAGUCUGCUCAUGACAAAUAUGGGUCAAGUGUACGUUGAGACCGCCUUGGAAGCUGCGCUUGAGCGAGCUACUUCUCAAGAAAACGUGAAGACAGAGCCGGACCUAUCCUAUCUGCCAUCAAUUAGACCGGCGGUGACCAUCACGAGCAUCAUGUCUCGCUUUACCAAUACCGUUCUUAUCCGUUUAGCGGAAUCUAAUACAACUGUACGAAGAAGCAUGGAGGCGCAGGCUAGAUUAGGCAUUGAAGCCAUUGAAAAGAAAACAAAUAGCGUCAUGAAAAGCACCAUGGAUGUCAUCGUCAACUGGGUCACCAAAUCACUGGCUCAACAGAAGAAGCUUGACUUCCUACCUAAAGACGAGCUUGAUCUCGUCGAGUCGCUGCAAACACCUACCUGCACAUCAACCUGCCUAUUCCUAGCCCGCUGUACGAAUCUCCUGGUCCAGACCAUCGACGGCCAGAACCUUGAGAACUUCACGAGCGAGCUCGCCCUCGCCGUCCAGCGGCUCCUAUUCGAACACUUCAAGAAGUUCAAAGUCAACGCCACCGGCGGUCUGAUGGUUACCAAGGACAUCGCUAGGUACGUCGCCACGCUAAAAGAAUGGCCGCUCUCCAAGGACGCCGAGGUAGCCGUCGAGUUGCUAACAGAGAUCGGGUAUCUCUUCAUCAUCGGCCCCGAGGCGCUGCGCGAGAGAAGCAGGAACCUCGCCAGCGGGGGUGGCGUCUCUAUGAAGAAGCUCGGCAAGGCCGAUUUCAAGGGCUUUGUUCAGAGCAGAGAGGAUGCGAGGAGCGUGGGCGUGCAGAGUGUGCUUACGGGUCUUUGAUUUGAGGCAAGUUAGAUGGCUGGAUGCUGAACCUAGGGCUCGUGAGAUUGGACUGAGAGGUUACCGUGGGUGUAAUAGUUUCGGACACUUCGAGCAAGCAUGUAAAUAUGACUUUUGACAUGAUAUCAUACCAUUAAUUUGUAGAGUUUUGUCUUUGUAGGGUUUUAUGAUUGUCCUGUGGACUUAUAUACCUCAUUAGCUAACGCUUCGAAUCUGCUAGUCUUAGGUUCAGACAUGUGUAGACAGACCAUACAGGCAACUUUUGUUCCCCUCUAUUUCAACCAGAGCUACAGCGUACCCAACUAUACAUACAUAACUCUUCGAGAUGGAUAGAUACAUUAUUCAUCAUCACAUACAAUCAGGAACGCAAGCACAGAAGUAGGGGGUACAAGUCGUAGUUCCUUUAUGUAGUAAAGUUUCAUUCACUUCAAACCCCCUUUCCUUUCCAUUCAUUCAAAACCACGUAGCACAACCCUUUUCCUCAGCCACGCUAUGAAAAAGUUUCGUUCGUUAACCAAGCCUAGCAAAACCACCCAAUGACCCCUUUUCUGAGCCAAAGAAAAAAAAGCUCCCAAAGGUA